GGCACCUUGCAGUUGCUUCCCAGCUUACAUACACAACAUACCAGAGAAACUCUCGGAGCUAGCUAGCCAUGGCCUCCACCGCGAGCUGCUUCGCCAUGAUCAUGGCGUGCGCGGUUCUCUCCAGCAGCACGUGCAACGGAGCACGCAACUUGGCCAACACCACUCCGCCGGCUGCCCCUACCACUGCUGCUGUCCCUGGCCUCCCGGCGGUGCCACCGAUGCCGUCCGUGACCGUGCCAACCAUGCCGACCGUGCCCGUGGUCACCGUGCCCACCCUGCCGCAGGUGACACUGCCGCCUAUGCCCGCCGUUCCUUCCGUGCCCAAGGUGACGAUGCCGCCGAUGCCUGCCAUUGUCGUGCCCAAGGUGACCAUGGCACCGAUGCCCACCAUUGCUGUUCCCAAGGUGACGAUGCCACAGAUACCUGCCAUCCCGAGCAUCAACGUGCCAUUGCCGUUCCUGGCACCGCCCCCCUCUGCAUAAGCGCAUCUCUGCACGCACGGUGGUGUGUUAUCCCUGUCCACGGUUGGACGCUCUUCAUGUUGCAGUGACACUAGAUCACUCAGAGUAUUUGUUUCCGCGACGUACACGUUAUGCC